GUACAAUGCAUUGCGUCGUCUUCCCGAGUUUGUCAGACUGAUUUAAUUCCUGAUCAAGUGUUUUGAGCAUUAGCAUUUGUGAAUUAUUCGCCUGGUGGUGUGAUUUUAUAUAGUCAGGAAAAAUUAUCCAGCAUAAAAAAAAUCAAACCAGCAUCAACCGUAGCAUAAAUUAUUAGGUGGUGGUGAAACUGUUCGACAGCGAGAAUUGCAAAAAUGGGAUAAAAGACAACUGUCAAAAGCUUACUUUUGCAGCUCGUUGUAGUCACUCAUCGAAGCAACCACGCAGGGGUGCGUCAAAGACAAGACAACGAACUAUAGUAUCAUCUUAAGAUGUCCGACCCGCCAACAUCAACCAGAAGCGUUAAAAUUAAACCUAGGUGGAACACUAACUCAGUGGAAGACGUUUUGCGUUUUAUUGUGCUGGUAAAGCAACAUCCCAAGCUCUUGGCGCGUAUAUCUCCGGAACGAUUGCUUCCGGAGUGGGAAAAAUUAGUCCCAGUGACGGGCAUUAGCGCGAAUGAGAUGUCCUUGAAGUGGAAUCGGUUAUGCGAUAAAUAUCGUGCCGAGUUGCGACGCGAGAUAAGAUCAACGACGAAGCAGUUCAAAUCGAACUGGGCCCACUUUCAAGCGAUGGAAUUUAUACGGCCCAUCGAGGAAAAGCGUAUUCGUAUAUUUAGACGCGCUCAAACCACCAAACCGGCGGUCAACGUGCGGCAACUCAAAGUGGAACGCGUUACGCCGCCACCCAAGCCACACGUUCUGGUGGUUAGUCAGACGAGUAAAGCGAAUCCAUCUGGCUCUGGCAGGCAUAUCAACUCUUCGAUGGGGACCUGUCGUCAAUCGAAUCAGCCGGUACGGCGAUUAUUACCGAUAGAAAAGGUGCUGAAUACGGAGAACGCAAAGGUUCGAUGUUCGAAGCAAGACAUCAAGGAGGACUUGCAGCUGCAGGCUGGUCGAGUUAUCGCAACGCGUAACCAUGCGAUCCAUCGCAUCCCGUUACCGAAUCUGACCGUAGAAAGCAUUCGGGAUGCACCGGAUAAUGAUUAUGAUUUUCUCAUGAUACGCAUCUAUCCGCUUCUGGCCAUAAUGCCGCCAAAUGUAAAGCGGCUUUGUUAUGAAAGGAUGCAAAAGUUUGCUGCAGGAAUUGUGAUGCAGCAGUUGGCCCGAUCCCAGAAGUGAAAACUCAACUAAAACCCUUAGAAAUUGUGUAAUUUGCAUGUUCUAAAACAUUUCAAUACAGUAGGAUACUUUAUCUUUUUCUUAGAAUUCCGUGUGGUCGAAUCAUUGCAAAAAACUCCAAAUGAUGGUGUGUGCGUGAGGGAACGCAGCUUGAAAAAUGUCCUGUACGCAUGCUCUUCGGAUCGAGUGCUCACAAACACACCGAUAGCCGGCUUGUCAAAUUCGCUACCCUUAUACAAGACGUCAUGUAAUCAUAUGCUGAGUCGUUUAGUAGUGUGCGUACAGUAAGUACAUGGGGGUUGCUUUGUGUUUUCGAUUUCAUUUCCGUGGUAGAUUGCUAGUGUGUGUUUGUGUGUGUGAGAGCGCACAUUCCAGGAUUCGCUUGUAUUGCGCAAUCUCUUACUAAAUCUCCCCUUUUGUCCCUGGUAGAUAGGGGAUGCAUUUCUUUGUCUGUUUUUCAAGGAGCUCUUCGUGGUUCGUUUCGAAUGUGUUUGUGUGUGUGUGUGUGGGGGAAAAGGGAUUUUUGAACUCAACCGCAAGGAAAGUGCAACCGCUUGGAGUAGUGUGUGUGUAGCAGGACGAAACCGGCAUUCGUGUGUUCUUCAAGGCAUUGGAUACAUGGGACAUAAAUACAUACAAACAUCUUUUAUAUAAACCAGCAAUUGUUCGAUUUUUUCCCAGCGAGAGUGAAGCAUGUGUCAACGUCACGUCACCGCGAACAGCUGAGCAAAAGUGCGUUACCCCGGUAGAGAGCGAGCGCGUGAGACGGGAUGAGUGAGAUGGCAAGUGAGUAAAUUUUUCCCCUGUUUUUCGAAAGGAAAAGUGGAGCCCGAUCAGCUGUGCGUUGUGUUGCAUGUAGUGUGGCGGGCCCCCUUUCUUUUCACAUUGCGGGCAAUGGUAUGUAGGAUUGGAUAAUAUCCUUCCCCUUAUUUUCCCAUUUCCUCCACAGAAUCUGCUAGAAUCGAGCAGUUCGUGUCGUCGAAUUGGAAGACUUUUUUUGGGGGUUAUUUUAGUGUCGUUUUUGGUUUCGCAUUUUAUUUCCUUUUUUGUUGCAUUGUGUGUAGGAGCGGGAAAGCAAACUACGGAAUGAGCAGGAAAAGAAAAGACAUCUGGGAAUCAUGUUUUUCCAUCAAGAGAAUAAAUAGUACACGUUGAGGAAAAUAAAACCCAGAAAAUGGCCGGAAGGUUAAAGCACUCCUUAAGGAAAUGGGAAACACACGGUGGAAAAAAAGCCAAACUUUCGCGUGAGGCGGAGAAGAAACUAAGGAACCCGUGUCCGUGACUGCAAUCGGUGUGAAAAUUGUGUGGAAAUGUUGCCUCGUUUCUUGGUGUUCUUCCUACGAUGAUGCCUCUUCGGCUUCACAUGUCUGUCAAACGCAUCUUUCGGUGACAGUUGAUGUGACGUGGCAGCAAGUUUGCUUUGAUGGGUGGACCGGAAUUUUUCACCCCCCGAGAAUGUGGAAAAC